GCAGUGACUCUGAUGGGACUUUUUGGAAAUUAAAGAUCAUUUUAAAUCACGUGUCGGGAAGAACUAUUUCCUGUUCGGAAGAAGGAACAUUUGACACACAAGGUUCAAGCGAAAUAACAGAAACUCAUGGGAACUCUUUCCGCUAAACGAAGUCCCUGAAGUUAAAGGAGCCAUCAUGUUCCUCCUGCCAUGAACUGCUUAAAAUGUUGCUGCUGCUGUAGUUGCUGGAAUCGAUCGACCGAAAAGGCCAGAACACUUGAUGAUGCAAGCUCUCUCAUACUAGAUGGACACGCGACCCUUGGGAGAGAUCAAGAGACGCAUGGAUUCUAUGUGCCAAGAAGACAUUCCUCAUUUAAUACAACCACCACCUACAAUCCAGUGGUCAACCAACCAGGUCGGUCCCAUUCUGACAGUUGUUCCUCAUCGGACGACGAAGACACCCCACCUCCAGAGCACAGGGGGAGGUGCUGGUCCACCAUUCCCGCUACAAGUGCGACGGAUGUCACAUCUCUCAUCAAUGCAAGGUCAACUGGAGGACGAACUAUCUACUCUUUAGGAAACUCAAGGUCUAUCGUGAGCUCAGAUCCCGACAUAGCUGGAGGCAAAGGUAAUUUUGCUUUCGACAAACACGUGCUAAGCGAAAUUGCUGAAUCUGAAACAACAGAAGACGAGAAGAAGCCUGAAGAGUUGGAUAUACCCCUGAAGACAGUAGACACAGAAAUAUACGGGUAUUUAAAUUUCACCACCGACUACGAUGAACACGAACAAAGACUUACCGUGUUCCUCGAAAGAGCAGAAGGUUUGCCAAAGAAGGGUACCAUUGAACAUUAUAGCACUUUCGUGAAACUCAACAUUGCAUCAUCUAGAAAGAAUUUCCGACUGUCUAAAUCUGUUAGAAAUACUUCUAAUCCUGUUUAUAAAGAAGAACAUGUCUUUCAUACUAAUAGUUCAAAGUGGAAGUCUGCAAAAGAUAAUAUACUACGGUUAAGUGUGUAUGACAGCGACCGCCAAGGGAGGUAUGAUGCAAUUGGUCAUGCAAUAAUAUCUCUUGAUAAGCUGAAUUCUGAAGGCAAGGAAAGACACCGGCUGCCUUUGACUCCAAUGGCAUUGCCAAUUCAGAACAUUGGGCAGAUUUUAAUUGGACUGUUUUAUUCAGCGACGCAAAGUCGAUUGGGACUACAUGUGAUAAAGGCAAAGCAUUUGCGUAUUGAUUUUGAUGAUCAUAAGAAACAUCUUCGCCCUUUGCAUAGAGAUGUUUUCGAUUCAUUUGUAAAGAUGACUCUGAUGUGCGCUGGCCAAAAAGUUAAGACUAUUCGAUCUCGUGUCGUCGUGGAUUCGGGAGACCCCUUCUACAACCACAAGAGCAACUUCGUAGUUCCACCCCAGUAUCUCACGGAUUCCAGCCUAGUAGUGACUGUUAUGUAUAGGGGUGUCUUGGGUAGAAGUUUCCCAAUCGGAAGAAUAGCAUUGGGACCGUACACAGAAAUGUCGGACGGUUCUAAGACACACUGGGGUCGGAUGGCCCAAGACAGCCGCUCAGUAGUGCAGUGGAGAAAUUUAUAUUUGUAGUGACAUAGCAGCAAUGCAGGAAUUGUUUUGUACGCAAGAACUUUGAUUGGUACUUU